AUGUCGCUGAACACAGCUCAUGUGCAAGGUGGCGGUUGCCUGAUACACGCAGGCGAAUGCAUUAUUUUGUUUACUGAUGCUGUUACCAUUGACUUUCACGGCCAAGAUGGCAGAGCAUUUCAUGGAUCUAAAGUGGGAAAACUUUUUUUAACUACUCAUCGUUUGAUUUUCAUCAACAAAUCUGACAAAGACGAGCUUUUAUCAUUUAGUAUGCCAUUUGUUACUCUUAAAGAUGUUGAAUUGGAGCAACCAGUUUUUGGUUCAAACUAUAUAAAAGGUAAAGUACGUGCUCAGCCUAAUGGAAACUGGGUAGGUGAAGCAAAAUUCAAAUUGAUAUUUAAGAAGGGAGGUGCAAUUGAUUUUGGAAGAGCAAUGUUAAGAGCAGCAUCAAUGGCUAAUAGUAACUAUCCUGAAAUGGAUAAUCCGCCGGCCUACGCUCCACCUGAAGGUCCAUACUAUAUGGCUGAUGUUCCGUACGGUGUACCUCCUCCUGGCUACUAUGGAUGGAUGCCUUCAACUGCAGCUUUCCCAGAUGCACCACCUCCUCAAUCUGUCUAUAGAACCGAUAUGCCUCCACCAUAUCCAGGUAUUAUUGGUUUCACUGGUAAUCCAGGUUAUGCAAGCGCUCCACCCGCACAAACAGCUCCACCUCCACAACUUUUUAAUGGACAAGAUGCAAAAGCAGCAGAAGCAGCACAAAGUGCAUACUUUGAUCCCAACAGGCCACAGAUGGCUUAUGUUCCACCACCAUCAUACUAUGAACUUCCUCCACCUUACAAAGAAGCCGAAAAUAAGAAGAACGAUUAA